GGUAAUAACUGGUAAUAACAUCAAAUGUCAGAUUCCGGCUUUUUAUGUGCGAUUUACGCACGUCAAGAAAUCUAGUGAAAACCUUUCCUAAAUAUCCACAAUGAUUAUUUAACAAUUACUUUUAUCAGUUUCUAUUAGUUGAAAGGUUACUUAUUGUUAAAUUGUUCUUUAAUUCCCAUUUUUCUCACCACUAUCCGCUACGGGCAUUUUGAGGUUAUCUAGCAAGGUCCAGUGAUCAAAAACGUGCGAGCUAUCGUAAAGAAUUAUCGCAACCUCAAGGCAACUUCCGGUAAAAUGCAUCAAAUUAGCAAAUUGUUUAUUCACCAAGCUGCUCGAAGCGCGCGGAAUGGAUGGAAUGGGUUUCGCCAUUACUCCAAGGAGCCCCAAAAGCGGCCCACCUUCCUGUCCAGACUAUAUGAUAAUUUCCGCGACGAAAUGGCCAAAAACAAGGAGAUGAAGGAGUCGCUGAAAAAGUUCAAAGAGGAGGCUGAAAAAUUGGAGCAAAGCGAUGCAUUGAAAGCCGCACGACAGAAGUUCGAGUCAGUGGAAAAGGAGGCGUCCAAAAGCAGCGAUGUAUUCAAGGAGAAGUUAACCAGCAUCAAAGGCAAGGUGCAAGAGGCGAUAGACGAGGCAGGCAAAUCGGAAAUAGUGAAAAAAGCCGGAAAGCUCAGCGAGGGGAUAUCAAAAACUACGCAUUCUAUUGGGGAAAAAGCGCAAGGCAUUGGCAAAACCGGUGUCUUUCAGAGCAUCAGCAAAGCCACCGAAGCGGUGAAGGAGGAAAUGGAUAGCGAUAGCAUGCAAGGCCGAGUCUAUGUCAGCCCAAUAAAACUGAGGAAAAGGAGUGAAACUUCCGCAGUGCAGAAUCAAAAGUACUACGAAGCGAACGCCGAAGCAACAGGAGUGGAAUUGCACAAGGAUUCAAAGUUUUAUCAGUCCUGGCAAAACUUUAAAGACAACAAUCCCUACGUUCACAAAGUAAUGGACUGGAAGUUGAAAUUCGAGGAAAGCGAAAACCCCGUGAUUAGAGCCUCAAAAGUUUUAACGGAGAAAGUCGCCUAUGUUAUGGGGGGGCUGUUCCAGAAGACUGAACUUUCAGAGACUUUAACUGAAAUCUGCAAGAUUGAUAACAGUUUCGACACGAAGCGCUUCUUGAAACAGUGUGAAACUGAUAUAAUUCCCAACAUUCUCGAAGCCAUGACCAGGGGCGAUUUGGAGGUGCUGAAAGACUGGUGCCAUGAAGGUCCAUAUAAUCUGUUUUCAAUUCCCAUUCAAGAGGCGUAUAAAAAGGGCUUCAAAAUCGAGUCUAAAAUCUUGGAUAUAGACAAUGUGGAUCUGGUAAUGGGCAAAGUUAUGGACCAAGGACCUGUUCUCAUUAUAUCUUUCACCUCGCAACAAAUGAUGGUUUUUAAAGAUGUAGAAGGCAAUGUGGUGGAUGGAGACUUAGAUAAAAUAAUGAGAGUCACCCAUGUGUGGGUUCUAUGCAGGGAUAUCACAGAAACCGAUCCCAGAGCGGCGUGGCGGCUGCUUGAUCUUUCAGCAAGCAGCAACGAACAGUUUGUGUGAUUGGUCCUCUCUCAACCAGCACCAUUAAACGGCAAUUCUUAAUUAGAUAAGGGCGAUUAGGAGUUUGUCUUCUUGUUUUUUGUUAAUAAGACAAACUGUACUCGAUGUACAAACAAACAAACAGAGUGAAUUAUGGCUGUUUGGCUAAGCCGGACGAAAAGUGAAGAUCUGAUCGGCAUUAUUUCAGAUUUCAGGUCGGUCAGCGAUCGUGGCCAAAAUAUAUCCGGGUGUACAAUUUGUACAAUUUAUUGUACAGAUUUAAAGUAAUAUAUACUUUUAUAGAAAAACGAA